GGGCCUGACUUACAAGGAAUCUGGGGUAGACAUUGCAGCUGGAGAUAUGCUUGUCCAAAAAAUUAAGCCUUCAGCAAAAGCCACCUCCAGACCAGGCUGUGAUGUUGAUCUUGGAGGUUUUGCUGGUCUUUUUGAUCUGAGAGCAGCUGGUUUCAAAGAUCCUCUUCUGGCCUGUGGAACAGAUGGUGUUGGAACUAAACUGAAGAUUGCCCAGCAGUGCAACAAGCAUGAUACCAUUGGUCAAGAUUUGGUUGCAAUGUGUGUAAAUGAUAUUCUGGCACAAGGAGCAGAACCCCUCUUCUUCCUUGAUUACUUUUCCUGUGGAAAACUUGACCUCAAUACAACUGAAACUGUUGUCACUGGAAUCGCUAAAGCUUGUGGAAAAGCUGGAUGUGCUCUUCUUG